AUCUCUACUCUCAACUUCUUCAAAUAUAUGUAAUCUAAGGAUAUUCUUGCAGUCUAAUAAAGUAAUAAUGUUUUUAACAAUAACUUAGACUUUCUAUAAACUAAUUUUAUGUUAGCCUACUUUUAACAAACAGAAAUUUCAUCAGAAGAUGUUCACGAAUAACUUUAAUUGAGUAAGUAUUAGAUUAAUAGAAAGUAGUAGAGAGUAAUGAAACUUUCAAUUUUGAUGAAAAUGAAGUUCAGAAUGAUUAUUAUAAUCCAAUAUAAAAAGUACCAUAGAAGAAACCGAGAAAGAGAAGAAGAAGACAAAUUAUCCAUGAUAAAAGAAAAAAACGAGCCUCUUCUAAAAGAAUUGUAAGAAUAUUUGAUGAAUAUAUUAUUUAGAAUAGAAAGCAUGAAGCAAUACCAUUUAAUUAUUAAGAAGAUAGAUAAAUACUUCUAUAAGUAUUAGAAUAGGGUCCAAAGUUUUUCAAAAUAGCUAAGAGUUUUCCAGGAAGGACUUUGAAUAUGGUUAAGAAUAGAUAUUAUAAGACUUUACGUUAUAAGUGGGAUGUAAUAUUGGGACAGUAAAUUUGAUUAUAUAUAAAUAGAGCUUAUGAGUAUAUGAAUGUUUAGGUUGGGUAAAUAGAAAGUAAGGAAAGUAAGGAAAGUGUGGAAAAUUUAGAAUAAGAAUAUAAUGAGGAUAUAUAUUCAUAAUUUUUAUUUUGAAAAUG